UUUACUUAAGUAAAGGACUUGAGAACGUCUUGCACUAAUGGUUUUGUGGUUCUGGGAGUUACUUCUAAACACAUAAAUAGAAGCCAUGACACAUUCGUUCACUCCUUUGUUUUGCAGCAAUAAUGGACUUGCUCCACAGCUCUGGUGUGAGCAGUACGUUCUACCUGCAGACUCACUACAGCCACAACCAGGACUGUUUCCUGUUAGUCUCCAUGGCAACAGACAUACACAACACCUUCUUCCUGUUGUUCCCCAUAUGGUUUCAUGUAGAGCAAGCUGAGGCAAUCAAACUGGUUUGGGUGGCAGUAGUGGGAGACUCCCUUAACCUGAUGUUGAAAUGGCUUCUAUUUGGCAAGUGUCCCUAUUGGUGGGUUCAGGAGACAGGUUUCUAUGGGAACUCCUCACAGCCAAUAAUAGAGCAGUUUCCCAUCACUUGUGAGACUGGACCAGGUAAGAGUAAC